GCUGGAAGCACCUGUGCUGCAAGGGUGAGCGUGCGGGAUGAAGGCUGCAGAGAGCGAGGUCCCUGAUGCGCACUUCACUGUAGAUAAACAGAACAUCUCCCUCUGGCCCCGAGAGCCUCCUCCCAAGAUGGGUCCGUCUCUGGUUCCGAGGAAACUUCUCACAGUCCGUGCUGCAGUAAUCUUCCUGCUGCUGGUCCUGGUCGCCUCCGUCACACUGCAGGCCAUUCUCUAUUCCUGGUUUAUGGGCACAAUAUCAGAUGUAAAGAGCAAUGCCCAGUUGCUGAAAGGUCGUGUGGACAACAUCAGCACCCUAAGUUCUGAAAUUAAGAGGAAUAGAGGUGGCGUGGCGGCGACUGGCGUUCAGGUCCAGAUGGUGAAUGCCAGCCUGGAUCGUGUGCGUUCUCAGAUGCGGAGGUUGGAAACUGAUGUGAAGGAAGCCAAUGCUCGGAUCCAGACGUUAACAAAAAGUUGGGAGGAAGUCGAUAAUUUAAACGCCCAAAUCCCAGAGUUAAAAAGAGACUUGGACAAAGCCAGCACUUUAAAUGCAAAGGUCCGGGCACUCCAGAGCAGCUUGGAGAAUGUCAGCAAGUUGCUCAAACAGCAAAAUGACAUCCUCCAGGUGGUUUCUCAAGGCUGGAAGUACUUCAAGGGGAACUUCUAUUACUUUUCUCGUGUCCCAAAGACCUGGUACAGUGCCCAGCAGUUUUGUAUAUCCAGGAAUUCACAUCUGACCUCAGUGACCUCAGAGAGUGAACAGGAGUUUCUCUACAAGGCAGCAGGUGGCCUUCUCCACUGGAUUGGCCUGACCAAAGCAGGGAGUGAGGGGGACUGGCACUGGGUGGAUGACACUCCAUUCGACAAGGUCCAGAGUGCCAGAUUCUGGAUUCCAGGUGAGCCCAACAAUUAUGGAAGCAAUGAACACUGUGCCAAUAUAAAGCUGUUCUCGCUUCAGUCGUGGAAUGAUGCCUCCUGUGACAUAACACUCCUUUUCAUCUGUAAACGGCCCUACACCCCAUCAGAAGCGUGACAGGACUGGCCCCCAAGCUCACGUUUUGAGCUCCAAAGCUAGUCAAACUCAAGGAAAUGCUGCUGUUUCCUCCAUACUCCAGGGUCACUUUGCACCUUAAUUUUUCUUGCUUCGAAAUUGUCCCAAAGGCAUCCUGGAGUCUGUCUGCCUUGGCUGGGAAUUCUCCAACCCCGUAGAGAUAGCUGGAAUGGAAAGGAGAUCUUGGGUUAAAAUGGGAGGGGAGGGUAGAGAGGAUUUAGAAGUUCAAACUGCCUCAGUAAGGUAGAUCAAGACCCAUAAUCUGGGGCAACACCCUGGGGGUCGCUUCCUUUCAGAGAAGCCUCAGUUUCAUCACGUGGAAGUUACUGCAGACCACCCAGGCAAUUUUCCUGAUACCGAGACUCAGGGCUUUUCCAGCUGAUGCCCCAGAAUUCCCUGCUGUCCGCUUAGGCUGCCAUGUUCUCAGCGGGAAGAGCUCUGCUCUUGGUGACCCUGUGCAUGCCAUGUCGCAUCACCCUCUUUGUCACGUUGCUUGAGGUCUGAGCCUUUUCUUCCCUGGGAUGGGCUCAGUUGGUUCAGAUCAGGGGCCGACAAGAAACAUGUCUCUUUUAGAGCUGGACCAGCAACCACGCUUCUUCUCCCCCGACGUCCCUUACUCGGUAAACUCCCGGCCCAGCUCUGUCUUCGUCCUCUGCCCAGCCCUCU